AUGAUCAACCCACCUGUUAAAGCCAAGCGCCUGCUGCUGUUUUGUUUCCUUACCGGACUUUUGAUCUUCUACAUUCAACAUUACCGCAACGCUGGCUUGAGCAGCCACUCCACCACCAGUAUAUUUGGCUACGAUGUCCCUAACUACAAAGCUGUCCGCGCCGAGGCACUAGGCACGGAAUUGACCGAGAAGGGGGCAGGUGAUUAUGAACCCUUGGAUGAGAUCCAAGAACUACUCCUGAACUCACCUGUUGUCAUCUUCUCAAAGUCGUAUUGCCCCCACUCCCGCUUCGUCAAGAACCUGCUCAAAGACACAUACAAGAUGAACCCGCCACCUACCGUCAAGGAACUCGACCUUGAUCCGCACGGAUCAAUCAUCCAAGACGCGCUGCUCGAUAUCUCUGGCCGUCGCACUGUUCCCAACGUCUUUGUCGGCGGCAAGAGUCUCGGCGGUGGUGACGAGAUGCGCAUGCUGCAUGGCAAGGGCGUGUUGGCGACCGAGUUCAAAAAGAAGGGUGGGCGGAAGUUCUCGAUUGAAAAGGGUCGGGAUUAG